GUGACAAGUAAUCACUCAAUAUUUUUGGCGGUUGAGAGCCGUUUAUUUGCUUUCACUCAACCUCAUCUUCUUCUUCUUCUCCUAAUAAUCAUCAACUCACAUACAACUUCUUUUUUCUUUUGAUCACUCUAAAAAUUACCAGAAUUUCUUCUGAAAAAAAUGCCUUUAAGAGCAGCAUCAAUGGCGGUGACUCCACUCUGCGCUUGCCGCAACCAUUUUCUCUCUCCUAGUCAGCAUCAUCACCACCACCAACAACAACAGUUUCAGUUUUCCGCCAUUACUAAGCUUCCUGUACUUUCUUCUUCUACUCUGCUACUCAAAGAUCGACUCAACUCCUCCUCUAAACGACAGCGUUUUAAUCUCGUAGCUGAAGCCGUCGAUUCUUCUUCUCAACCUUCAAUUGUUUCCGACAAAUCAAUCAUCUCCGACGAUGAAGGUUCUCUCUCCAAGAUUUCCUUUGGUCUCGUGGGACUUGGAAGUGGAGUUACACUGCUUGCAUAUGGUUUUGGUGCUUACUUUAAUAUCCUCCCUGGAUCAGAAUGGUCAGCCUUAAUGUUGACUUAUGGUUUCCCCGUUGCUGUUAUUGGAAUGGCUCUUCAGUAUGCAGAACUUAAACCUGUGCCAUGUGUGGUGUAUUCUGAUGCUCAAAUGCUGCGGGAAAAGUGUGCCACUCCAGUUCUUAAGCAGGUGAAGUCUGAUGUUACCAGAUACCGCUAUGGAGAUGAACAACACCUUGAUGAGGCUUUAAAACGGAUUUUUCAGUAUGGUCAGGGAGGAGGUAUUUCCAGGAGAAGUGCUCCUGUCCUUAAAAAGAUUCGUGAAGAAGUGACUGGAGAUGGAAAGUAUUGCUUAGUUCUGAUGUUUGAGGCAAAAGCUCUGCAGCUUUCAGAUUUUGAACAAAGACAGGCAAAAUUUGCUUCGUUCUUUGGACCAGGAAUCACUGCUGAAAUUGGGCAAGGAGCGAAUGAUCUCUAUGAAGUUCGUCUCAUAUCGAAUACACAAGCAUAAAACCAACUAUACGGAACUUGUUCGUGUAGCAGCUGGCCUGAUUCUGGGCCUUGUAAGAAUUUUGUAUAGCUAUUAUACAUACCAGAUAUACUAGCAUGUUGAGCCUGCAGUUAAAUACCAUAUCCUACUUCAUCA